UAAGUUUCUGUGCGUUGAAGGGGAAAGAUAAGGAGGGCUCCUCGCAUCGCCCCCAGAGAAGACGCAUCGAGAUAGCAGGGAUGUGUUCUCUGGAGAAGCGUGGCCGCGUCUAUGUCCUCAGCCUCACCGGCGACAACGAGCACCGCCUCAACGCCGAUCUCAUCGCGGCGCUCCGAUCCGCCCUCGCCAAGGUACGCGCCGAAUACGCCGCCGCACCUAACGGCUCCGCCCUCGUCACCGCCGCCGAGGGCCGGUUCUUCUCCAACGGCUUCGACCUCGCUUGGGCCAACGCCGCCGGAUCCCCCUCCGCCUCCCUCCAGCGCCUUUCGUCCCUCGUCGCCCUCUUCAAGCCCGUGGUCGCGGACCUCAUGUCCCUCCCGAUGCCCACCAUCUCCGCCGUCAACGGCCACGCCGCCGCCGCCGGGUUCAUGCUCGCCAUCAGCCACGACUACACGGUGAUGAGGGGGGAUCGGGGGUUCUUGUACAUGAGCGAGCUCGACAUCGGCUUGUCCUUCCCGCCGUACUUCAUGUCGCUGAUGCGGGCGAAGAUCGCCGAUCCGAGGACGCUGACGGACGUGACGCUCCGGGCGGCGAAGAUCACGGGAGCGGAAGCGAAGGCGAGGGGAAUCGUGGACUCGGUCCACGCCGGCGCCGACGAGGCGUUGCAGGCAGCGAUGAGGAUGGGAGAGGAGCUGGCGGCGCGGAACUGGGACGGUGGGGUGUACGCGUCGAUCCGGAUGGCGGCGUUCCCGGAUCUCUGCAGGGCGGUGGGAUUGCCGGCGGAGGACGCGGAGCAGAAGGACAAGACCAUCGCCGCCAAGCUCUGAAGUUGGAUCUCCACUACAAGGUCAGUUUAAUUGAUCGACAGGUUGCCCUGCGAGCAAAUUUGGCCACAUAUGGGGUGUGUUAUAUGUUCAAUUAAAAGCAAAACGAUCCUUCAAUUUGAAUCAAGAUAUGUUUCAUCACUCCAUUUAUGUCUGAUGGAAACAAUCCUGUGUCUUUUAGAUCAAUUUAAUGGAUAGACGGGUUGACGUUUGAGCAAAUUUUGCCUCAUGGGGUGUGUAAUAUGUUCAACUAGAGGCCAAAGGGCCCUUCCGUAUUGAGUCCCAUAUCAUCCAACAUAAACUUGUUUUA